CUCAGUUCUUCGUUAACUUGGAUACGGUAACGCAGCGUAAUCGGACCGGCUGCGCUUCUCGGUCGGCACAGUUCGGCUCGGUUCGGCUUGGUUCGGCAGUUUGCGCUCGACACCGUCGCGGGGCGGACCGUUGAAUGUUUCGUUCCGACGUCGCAGACCUGAUAUCCGUAUUAUCGAGAGACGCGCCUUAAGCACCGAUUAGUAUCGUUGCGUGACAUCGUUUGGUCACCACGAAGCGUCCUGUGCCCUGCCUUGCACGCUGCGAUUAUCUGCGCGCAUCCCCUGGAUCGCUAUCAAUUGCUAUUGCACCCGUUACGCUUUAAGUGUUGAGGUUAAGUGCAGCGGUCCAGAGGUGACGCUCCUCUACUCGCGUCCGAAAAAUCUUACAUAAUGUCCAAUUACGAGGAUACGUCGUGCUGUGACCGGCUCGGUCAAAACGCAGUGGUCCAGCCUCUCCUUACAGAUUUAUAUCAGAUCACGAUGGCAUAUGCAUACUGGAAAAGUGGAAAAAAGGAUGAUUAUGCCGUGUUUGAUUUAUUCUUUCGCAAAAAUCCUUUCCAAGGUGAAUUUACCAUCUUUGCUGGUUUAGAAGAAUGUCUUAAGUUUCUAGAUAAAUUUCGUUACUCCAAAAGUGAUAUUGAAUAUCUGAAAUCGACGAUGCCUUCGGUAGACCCAACGUUUUUUGAUUACUUAAAAAAUGUAACUACUAAGGAGGUAACUAUUUAUGCCAUUGAUGAGGGUUCCGUCGUUUUCCCAAGAGUACCAUUGAUGAGGGUGGAAGGUCCUUUAAUAAUGGUACAACUAUUGGAAACGACCUUAUUAACAUUGGUUAACUAUGCCAGUUUAAUGGCAACAAAUGCAGCCAGAUAUCGUAUGGUUGCUGGAUCUAAAGUUAAACUUUUGGAAUUUGGCCUUAGAAGAGCUCAGGGACCUGAUGGAGGACUUAGCGCGUCUAAAUACAGUUAUAUUGGUGGUUUUGAUGGUACUAGUAAUGUUUUAGCCGGUAAAUUGUUUCACAUACCUGUUAAUGGAACACAUGCACACGCCUAUGUGACAUCUUUUGUAGGAAUAGCAGAAUUACAAACGAAGACUUUAGCACAUAAACAAACUGGACAGUUACAAGACUUGUUAGCAUUGUCUUGUAAAUACCGUGAUGCAAUUGCUUCAGAUUUGGAGGCAUUAGUAUCAGAAGCUUCUGACGGAGAAUUGGCAGCCUUAAUCAGCUUUGCAAUUGCCUUUCCAGAUGGAUUUAUGGCACUUGUUGAUACCUAUGAUGUUAAAAGCAUAGAAGCAUCCGCCAAGCGACAACAUAUACACGGCCUAAAUUUAAAAAAUAAAAUUAUAACUAAUGGGUCCAGUAAGCCUACUCAAAACAAUGUGAGAAACAACCCGGUUGUAUCUGAACCGACUCCGUCUUACAAGAAUGGCUUUUUAAGACGAGGUGAAUUGGGCGAGCUCUAUGUGAGAAGCGGCUUGUUGAACUUCUGCGCGGUGGCGUUGGCUGUAACAGAGCUAGGAUAUAAGCCAGUUGGAAUCCGAAUUGAUAGCGGAGAUCUAGCUUACCUCAGUCACACUGCUCGAGAUGUUUUUCAAAAGAUAGCGGUUAAAUAUAAUUUACCGUGGUUUGCCAAUUUGAAAAUCAUUGCCUCGAACAACAUCAACGAAGAAACAAUCUUAAGUCUAAAUGAACAGAAUCACAAAAUCGAUUGCUUCGGUAUUGGAACGCACUUGGUGACAUGUCAAAGGCAACCGGCACUUGGUUGUGUCUACAAGAUGGUGGAGCUCAAUUUCCAGCCAAGACUCAAGCUCAGUCAAGAAGUUGGCAAAGUUACUAUGCCAGGAAGAAAAGAUGCAUACAGAUUGUACGGUUCCGAUGGACAUGCUCUGAUCGAUUUGCUACAAAGGUCUGUCGAAGCUGCACCCGAAGUGGGACAAAAAGUUCUGUGUCGACAUCCAUUUGAAGAGUCUAAAAGAGCGUAUGUAAUUCCAACGCACGUUGAGGCAUUGUACAAGGUCUACUGGAAGGAUGGUAAAAUAUGCCGGCCGUUGCCAACGUUACAUGAAGUUAGGAAUAGAGUACAAGAAUCAUUAAAAACACUGCGCAGUGAUCAUAAGAGGAAUUUGAAUCCGACUCCUUAUAAAGUUGCAGUCAGUGAUGAUCUUUACAGUUUCAUACACGAUUUGUGGCUGCAAAAUGCUCCAAUAGGAGAGUUGUCUUGAAGCUUUAAAUACUUGUCAAGUGAAUGCCACGAGAGUUGACAUUUUUGGUGCAGGAAGUUGUUUAGUAGAGCGACCUCUGCUCUUAGAUAACUGGAGGAUUUACAAGUCAUCGAAAGAGAAAUACUAUGUCCGAUAUGAUAUCAAAAGGACGUAUUUUAAAAUGGAUAUUUGAUUGAAAAAUUGGUUUGUCGAAGCAAGAUGGUUUUGCAUGUAUUUUUACCGAAUGUAUAAAAUUCAAAUUACUUACAUGCAAGACAAUGGUAACAUGUACGUGAGUACGUGCGGUAAAAAAUCAUGCUUCGCGUUAAGAAACUCAUGGGUCUAACAUGUUUGAUUAUUGUGUCCUUUGGAUUUUUUCUAUAUUACAAGUAAAGUUCUCAAUGAUGGUAAAUAAUAAGAACUUACCAUCAUAAAUGAGGCAUACUUGCAUAAUAGUUUUUAUAGCAAAAGAAGUACAAACAAAAUAUUUACCCGCGUAAGGAAUACGAAUACUUAAAAUAUACAUCCUGUAGCAAUUAAAUAACAAGAUAUAAUAUUUCCUUCCAAGGUCUGUAAAUAAGAGUCGAAGAAGGCAAUAAAUUAUUUGUAAAUAUGUAAUUGAUAAUACAUUUUGGUUUUUUUUUUCUUAGCGUAGUUAUUAUCUGAAAUUUAGGAGAAUAUUUUGUCUUUAUGAUAAGGAACUGCAGUAUAUAAAAAAUCAUUACCGAAACAUA